AUGCAAAAAUGGUUUGAAGAUGCUGCAGAUUUAGUAAAGAACAACAGUGGCACACUGCGGUAUCUGUCGUGCCCUUUGGCGGUUCUGGACCACAUCGAGGCCGAUUUUUUGGAACUAGAGGAGUUAAUGGUGAUUCCGCCGUUGAAGAAAAUUUGUAAGUAAACUUCAAUGAAUGGCAACGGAGGUGUCUGUCUUUGAUACUCUAAUACACGUUACAAUUUUCAGCGUACGCCCCUGCUUUCGCGCAAGACACUCGGCGCCUCAUAUUCCACGGCUUUGGCUUCACUUUCCACGCCUUGGCCUACAACUUCUUCGUUGAUAACGAAAGAUUUUUGGCAAGACUGGAAAAGGUUGUAUUUACGGAUUACUGCGAAAGUUGGUCCCUCCGCGUUGUUAGAGCAGCCACAAAUUCUUUACAACUAAUGCCAAGCUUGCAAACCUUUAGAAUUGGCCAUCAUUCUUUCGGCAGAGACAAGUUGGAGAACCCUUGGAUUGCUUGGGAAGAAGAUUUUUGA